UUCCUUCCAUUCCGUCAUUAAAUUUUAGCAGGUUUAUGUUUGUGGUUUCACCGUUGGCGUCGUCUCGUCGUUCAGAUCAGAGUUCCAAGAACUUUAGAAGAUGCUGUGUUAAAAUCCACGUUAUUAUAUACCCGCUUCUAACCUAGCAGUGGCAGUGCAUACAGUCUGAUGUGCGUCUAAACAGAAGUGAAUUAUAUUUCAUGUUGUAAUAAAAAAAAUACCUUUGGAUUCUGGACACUAAAAGUGCGGAAAAAUGAGUUACUCUAGUGAUGAAGUGAACUUUCUUGUAUAUCGCUACCUACAGGAAUCAGGUUUCCAUCACUCUGCAUACACAUUUGGUAUUGAGUCACAUAUAUCACAAAGCAAUAUCAAUGGUGCCUUAGUACCUCCUGCAGCUUUGUUGAGUAUUCUUCAAAAGGGUUUGGAAUACACUACAGCAGAAAUUACUUAUGGGGAAGAUGGCUCUGAAAUACGUCUCACUGAAAGCUUGAGCUUGAUUGAUGCUGUCAGUCCAGAGAUAAUUGCUGCUCGCCAAAAUGCACAUAACACACAAAAACAAGCUAUUAGAGCAGAGCAGGGCACAGGAACUGAACAAAAUGGUGUUGAAGUCACAGCAUGUAACCCACCAGCAGCAACUGGGGGCGCGGCGACUCCGAGUGCUCCUGAGAACAUGGAGGUUGAUCAGUCCAUAGAAAUACCGGCCAGCAAGGCUACAGUCCUCAGAGGCCAUGAGUCUGAGGUGUUUAUUUGUGCUUGGAACCCCAGUACUGAUCUGUUGGCAAGUGGCUCGGGUGACAGCACAGCCAGGAUCUGGGAUAUGUCUGACAAUCCUGCUACGACUCCUAAUCAGCUGGUACUGAGACACUGUAUCCAGAAAGGUGGGGCAGAGGUGCCCAGUAAUAAAGAUGUCACUUCUUUGGACUGGAAUUGUGACGGUAACCUUCUAGCAACGGGAUCAUACGACGGAUACGCCCGCAUUUGGACCACUGAUGGAACCUUAGCCUCCACAUUGGGUCAACACAAGGGACCUAUAUUUGCUCUGAAAUGGAAUAAACGCGGGAACUACAUUCUGAGUGCAGGGGUAGACAAGACGACCAUAAUAUGGGAUGCCGCGUCAGGACAGUGCACUCAGCAGUUUUCCUUCCAUUCUGCUCCGGCGCUGGAUGUGGACUGGCAAACAAACACAUCCUUUGCAUCUUGUUCUACAGAUCAGUGCAUCCAUGUGUGCAGACUUCAUGUUGAUAAGCCUAUUAAAAGUUUCCAGGGACAUACUAAUGAAGUCAACGCCAUAAAGUGGGAUCCUCAAGGACAGUUACUGGCUUCCUGUUCUGAUGACAUGACUUUGAAAAUUUGGUCCAUGAAACAAGAUACAUGUGUUCAUGACUUACAAGCUCAUUCAAAAGAAAUUUAUACCAUCAAGUGGUCUCCUACCGGUCCGGGAACACAGAAUCCAAAUAUGAAUCUUAUUUUGGCCAGCGCUUCUUUCGAUUCCACUGUACGUUUGUGGGAUGUCGAAAGGGGCGUGUGUAUACACACUUUAACAAAGCACACAGAACCGGUUUACAGUGUGGCCUUUUCGCCCGAUGGCAAAUUUCUGGCCAGUGGCUCUUUUGACAAGUGUGUGCAUAUAUGGUCGACACAGACCGGUGGGCUGGUACACUCGUACAAGGGUACAGGUGGCAUAUUCGAGGUGUGCUGGAACUCGCGCGGCACCAAAGUCGGCGCUAGUGCUAGUGACGGCAGCGUGUUCGUGUUAGAUUUACGUAAGCUAUAAGGAACAACACUCAGGGCUCGUUCCACUUGACGCUCGCGUCACUCUCGGCGGCGCACGCGGCAGUAAGCAAUUUGUUUCCGGCGGUAUAAAAGAGGAAUGGGACGUAGCUACAGAUAGAUUGAAUAUUCCUAGUACGUAAGUACUUGACGCCGUUCUGUCUUUUGUGUAUUUUACCGGGAUGAUGGCAUUAUACCUUUCCAGACUAAGGGGCUAUUCAUAAAUUACGUCAUUUCAAAUUAGGGGGGAGGGGGGUCUGGACAUCGGAUGACGGUAGCAUGAAGUAGGAGGAAAGGGGGUCAUUUGAAGCAUGAUUUUUGGAUGAUUAUAGGGGGGAUCAAAAAUCGUCAAAAAUCGAUGACGUAAUUUAUGGACAGCCCCUAAUACGAAAUGGCAAAAACUUAACUUUUCAAUACGUUUUUACCUAUAACAAGAAAUCUCAAUAACUACUGAACGCGCAUGGAUUAUUGGAUUCUAUUAGAUGUGUAAAAUGUAAGAAAAAAUCGUUCUUCGAAUUGGACAGCUAAUGUAGAUGGCGCAGUACGCUUAAUAUAUGCGGUAACUCUAGUUGCCAAAAAUAUAUAUUUAACCGUUCCGUUACAAAACGUUAUAGCGCCUACAGCACCAUUUUCAUCAGCUGUCUUACUUGGGGGAUAUACUUUUUCUUCGAAUUAACAUAUCUGAAACGGUCAAAGAAUUUUUGGUUUUAAUUUUGGUAUUUAUUGGUUUUAGUCACGGGUCCUGGUAAUACCUUUAAUACGGAAAUAUGAUCUUAGCCAUCAGCUAAAUGAAUGAUAUAGUUUCGUGAAGGACAUGUUUCUUAUGUGGAUUAAUGGCAGGAAGGCGAAGCAAACGUCAGCAUUUAGGGGCAUUUCUCAUAACCAAGAAAUAACUACAUGAGAAGUUGCUUUAUUUUGGGUAUUCUUAGAUCCCGUAUUCAAAGGGUGUCAACUUUCUAGUAUUAAGGCUCGUCGAGGAUUCCAUUUCGUCACUACUUUAAAAAAAUCUCGUAUCUCGCACUGCUACUCAAAGUUAAAACGCAUCAUAAACCCCAAUAGUUAGAAGGUUGAAAUGUUCAGUGUGUGGCUUAUAUUUCCUACAUGACGGCUUGAAAUCAUCAAUUUAUGUGUAGUGAGGGGUGUAGUAGACGGCGUGAUUUUUUUGCCGCUUUUGUCAAGUGGAACGAGUCCUAAUCAAAGGCGAAUGUUCAUGUUAGCAUUCAAUCUGCUAUUGCAGCGAUUUAGUAAGUAGGUAUUAUGUACAGAAUUUUAAUAAAAGGCGCUAUAAACACAUGUAAUUAUCAUAAUAGUAAAGCAAGUAGGUAACGGAAAAAAGUUUCUUUAUCAAUCACAGAAUAAUAGGUAAUUAUGAAAUUUGGCAAAAAAACAGCAUGGAACAUGUAAAGUAAUAUCUAAAGCUCGCAAGAGAAAAAACAAUUUAUGAUUCUUAGAUAUAAAAGUAUUUAGUAAGAAAAUAGGUGUAAAUAAGUAAAGUGGCAAUUGAACGUUUUUUUGGCUGGCUAUCCCAAUUUUAUAGAAACUAAACAAAAAAGUUAAAUUUAUUAACCUGCCUUAGGGUGGUAUUCAACCUGUCCAAUUUCUUUGUCCAAUGUCAGUGCGUCUCACUCUCUUAUUAAAACUGUGUGUCGCAAUUGAUCGCAAUACACAUUGGACAGAUGGAAUACCAUCCUCAGACCUAGGGUGUUGGUACUCUUCGGUCAUGUGUGGCGCCAGCUUUUAAAUAGUAUGUGUGUUAUUUUUAAAGAUUCAUGUGUAAGUUAUUGAAAAAAAUAUUAGCAAUAUGAACGUUGUAAACUGGCUGGCUAGCAACACAUGUCUUAAUAUGUAUUUAAAUAGUUAACUGUUGCUUCAAUGAAUUGUACGCGAAAUAUUAUGUAUGUUUCUGAACUCUGAUUCCGAUUUGAUUACAUAUAGUCUGUACGUCUGUACCUGUAUUCGUUACAAAUGUAGGCGGUUGUGCUAGGCGCUGUGCGCUACACUUAUGGGACGGGCGAGCGAUUAUUGCGAAAGCUAGACACGGCUCUUU